AUGUUAUCUGCAGAAAUUGAAAACAAUGUGACAAGGAUCUUCAAGCUUAUAAAAAAUGAAGAGCAAGGAAAGAAAGAAGACAGUCGAAAAGAUUCAAAGAAUGAGUCGGAACUUGUUGGACUCAUUGAGAACUUCUACCAACAGUACCAGUCACUAUAUGCUUUGUAUGAUCAUCUAGUGGGAGAGUCGGGGAGAAUUGUUCGUGGCAAAAAGAGAGAAAAGGUUUUGCCUUGUCUCCCUCCAGCUCAGAUUCUGAAUAUUAUUCCUCAGAGGACGUUGAAGGUAACAAUGCCAAAUUGGAAAAUGAGCAUCAGAAGUUGGCAGACAGCAUUAAGCAUGAAGCUAACACUGAGAAUUCGGGAGUAG